UUGUGUGUUGUGUUGUGAGUGGGAGUUGAUAUUGUGAUGUCUGAUGUCGUCGGCUUUCGGCUUUCUGGUUUGUUAGGCUAGUUCUUAAUUUAUAACAUAGUUUUUCAAGUUUAAUUGUGAACAACAUUACAUAUUCCUAGAAAUAACUGAAAAUUGAGAAGACUGUAAAUUAAUUAAGGGAAAUAGUUAACUAGCUCAAGCUGAGUUUUAUACACCUGUUAAGUAAAAGUGUAUUUAACUUUUAAACCUACCUAGGCCUAUUAUAUCAAUCAAAAGCCUAACAGCUAGGCCUAGGCCUUAUCUACUUAGUUAGAUAAUCAAAACCUAAUUUCUGAAGUAGUACCUCGUGCUAUAAUGGCAAAUUCUGCGGAAGAAAGGUUGAAAGUUAUUUCAAGACAUUUGAUGGGUAGUACCUCGAGAAACAGGCCGGUUAGGAACCUCACAUCUGCCUGUGACAAAGUUAAAACAGAAUCAUUUCCUCAGGAAAUCAAAAGUGCAGUCCCAAAAAAGAGGACCGAUUUGCUGAAGUGGAAUGGUUGGGGGUACAACGACUCUAAGUUUACUGUCAAUGAAAAAGAAAUCAUUAAAUUUACUGGAAAAAGGUAUGCUAUUGGAGAGCAGGAGUUGCCCCAUUUUACUGAAUGGGUGAUAAAGAAAAUGAACAUUGAUUUAAAAGAUCGAUACCUUCCAAGAGAUCCACCUAAAGUGUUCCCUCCUCCAAAAGCUACACAAGAAUUCCUCGACAAGUUAAGCAAAUGUGGGGUCGCUCAUUCGAUAGAAGGCAUGGAGAGACUUGUGCGAUCUCAUGGACAAACUCUUCACGACAUUUACCAUCUUCGUGUCUCGGAACACAUGGAUAGGAUACCGGAUGUAGUAGUUUGGCCUGACAGUCAUGCCGUGGUAGAGAGGCUUGUAAAGUUAGCAGACGAACACAACGUAGUGAUCAUACCUUACGGAGGAGGCACUAGUGUGUCGGGCAGUGUAUCGUGUCCUCAGGACGAAGCCAGGACCGUUGCGGCCCUGGAUACAUCACAGAUGAACAAACUGCUUUGGCUGAAUGUGGAAAACUUGACGGCUUGUUUUGAGGCCGGUAUCUUUGGCCAGGAUUUGGAGAGGGAGUUGCAAGCUCGAGGGUUCACCUGCGGCCACGAGCCUGACUCCUACGAGUUCUCUAGUCUUGGAGGGUGGGUCGCCACCAGGGCGUCGGGGAUGAAGAAGAACGUUUACGGCAACAUAGAGGACCUGGUGGUACAGGUGAAGAUGGUUACACCUCGAGGGACGUUGGACAGAAGCUGUCUGGGACCUCGGGUGUCAGCUGGACCGGACAUGAACCAUGUCAUAUUGGGCAGUGAAGGUACUCUAGGGGUUGUUACAGAAGUGGUGCUCAAGAUCCGACCCCUCCCCAGGUGUAAGAAAUACGGGUCCAUUGUUUUCCCAGACUUUGAAUCAGGAGUGAAGUGUAUGCGUGAAGUAGCGAGACAGAGGUGCCAACCCGCCAGUAUCAGAUUGAUGGAUAACGAGCAGUUCCAGUUCGGCCAAUCUCUACGACCAGUCAGUGGCUACUGGACAGCCAUCUUAGAAACUGUCAAGAAGACUUUGCUAACCAAAGUGAAAGGUUUCGAUCUGGAACAAGUGUGUGUCGCUACUCUUCUGUUUGAAGGUGAACCUGAAGACGUGGCAGUUCAAGAGAAGAAAAUAUACAAUAUUGCGUCCCAAGUUGGUGGAAUGGCAGCGGGCGAGACCAACGGAGAGAGAGGAUACACGCUGACCUUCGUAAUAGCUUAUAUUAGGGACUUGGCUCUGGAGUACGGAAUUGUAGCAGAAUCGUUUGAAACAUCUGUGCCGUGGGAUAACACUCUGAUGCUGUGUAGAAAUGUUAAACAUCGGAUAGCACAAGAGUGUAAAGCUCUCGGGAUACAGUACUAUCUGAUCUCUUGCCGCGUGACUCAGACGUACGACGCCGGUUGUUGUGUCUACUUCUACUUCGGAUUCAACUGGCGCGGACUCGCCGACCCAGUCGGCAGUUACGAGUUGAUAGAGGAGAGAGCAAGAGAUGAGAUAGUGGCCUGCGGAGGCUCCAUCAGUCACCAUCACGGCGUGGGAAAACUGAGACGGAGAUGGUAUCCUCAAACUGUAUCUCAGCUAGGAGUUGAACUCUUCAGUACCUUCAAGAAUCAACUGGAUCCGAAGAACAUUUUUGCCAACGGAAAUUUACAUACUCCUUCAAAAUCCACACAUUUUGAUAAGUGAAAUGUUAAAAAGUCAAUGAAGACAUUUGACUUUUUGUUCCAAACCACCAAAAAGUUGCAUUUGUAUUAAUAUGUUUACUGUAGUCAAAAUUUGCUAGAUAUGUUAGCUUUAUUUUCCCUAGUGUUUGUGUUUAAAGGAUGUUUUUAAGAAACCCCAGGGAUAUAAAUCAUGACAACAUUAUUUAAACAGGAUUAAAAUUGUUGGGUUAAAAAUGUUGACCAUCUUAAUUUAUUAUAAAGUAUUUUUUUAGAAAAAAAAAGAUUUUUGUGAUGGAAACAAACAAAAUUAAGAUAAAUAAAUGUGU